AUGAUUAAACCCAUAGAAGACAAGGACAAAAUAAUAAAAAACUCGAUUAAUUUUAUUUGGAAAGCAACAAGUGGAAAAGCUGCCACUGUAAUCUUUAAUAAUGAUUCCUUACUCACAGCUACCCUUACUCUCAACGACGGAACGCCCAGUAUAAUAAACUUGGAUGCACCAAGUUGUGUAAUCAUUAAUAGAGAAAAUUUUCUAAAGAUCGUAAAUCUUGCCGAUGUAAAUGAAAUAAUAAUUGAUGAUGAAGACCACGAAGCUAUUCAAACUGAAGAUAUGAAUAUCAAUAGACAACCUAGUGAUCUAUCAUUAGAAAGCAUGGACAUUCAAGGAAGUAAUACAAAAGAUAUAAACGUAGAUGACAUGGAAGAUAAUGAAGCAUCCAGAUUCGACGAUAAUUCAAGUAAUUCUAUGUCACAACCUCUUGAAGAGGGCGAGGUCAUUCAAAAAAAUAAAGCGCAAAAUUUAAAUUCGAAUAAUCAAGAACUAGUUGACUCUGGAUCAGAUGAGUAUGAUGACACAGAUGAGGAGAUAGAUGAAAGGAUAUUUGAUGCCUUAACUUCGUCACUUUCAUCAAAGAGUAGUACUUACAGGAAGGCUCAAGAUAACACCACAAAGCAUAAAUCUAAAAUAAAUGAGGUGUUCAAAGUUGCAAAAAAUAAUUAUGCUAAGGAUGAUAAGCAUAGUGGUAUAGAACGUGUCCCUUUAACAUUAACAGAGGAUAGUCCACUACCAAGUGUUAAGGAUGCCUUAUCAGUUUUACAAGAACCAAGCUUAAACCGUGAAUAUAAUGAUAAUAACAAAAGUGAUAUUGAAAAUGAAAGAACUUCUAUAAUUAAUGAACCACCUAAUAUUGGACCAAAGGGUGUACCUUUUGUUUUUGUUAAUGAUCCUAUUCCGGUUGAAGAUAAUGAUUCAGAUGAAGAAAUAAGAGAUUUAAUUCGAAAGCGCAAAUUUGAAAUAAAUUAUAAUGCGUCAAAAAAAGCAAAAAAAAAUGAUACUAAUAUUAAAACUAAGCACAACAAUGAAAAUUCACAUGGUGGUGAGCAAAAUAAUGAUGUUGAAAUUUUGUCAGAAGGAAGUUCUUUAUCUGGUAUUGAAGUCUUUUUAGUAACUAUAAGCAUUCCUAGUUUUGUUGAUAAAGGGUUUAACGAUAGUUCUGAUAACAGUUCUAAUAAAUUUAAUGAAUCGACAUUAAUUAUUGAUAAUUUAUCGAAAAUAACUUUGGAAAAUAGCCAACAGGCUAAUAAUUCAAUUGACGAGAAUCAUACAUCUGUAUAUGUAGACAGAUUAAAGAAACUAAGGAAUAAUGCCGAUAAUUUUGCAGCGGAAGAUCCAAGCAAUUUAUUCGAAAUGUAUUCACAACCACCUGAAAAAUACUUUGAAGAGGAUUUAACAAAAAUAUCAUUAAAUCCAUUACCAAGUCAUAUAAAGGAUGUUAAUGGCUUCAAGCAAAAAAGCUACGAAUCAUUGGAAAGGGAACAAUAUAAAAACACGAAUGUAUGA